UUCACCAGUGAACCGACGUGGAGUCAUUCUAGUUUGUUUUCGUGCUGGAUUUCUCGCUGCUAAUCUCCUCCGGUUUACGUGAAAAGCGUGUUGGUAGCAACGUGAAGAUGUUUUCCUCGGAUUCAGACUCGGGGGUGCUGCAUCAGAGCCCCAAUUCUGCUCUGUACAGCAAGGAAAGCACGCCCGUGGAGAUUGAAUAUGCCAGUGAGUCAAUUGGCACGUUCUUCGGCGCUGAGGCCAACAGACACAAAGACUUGAUUGAGAUGCUGGACAGCAAUAAAGUGGGCCUGAAGCUGGAGGCCAUGAAGAGGAUCAUCGGGAUGGUGGCGAAGGGACGCGAUGCGUCUGAACUCUUUCCGGCCGUGGUGAAGAAUGUCGUGUCGAAGAAUGUGGAGCUGAAGAAGCUGGUGUAUGUCUAUCUUGUGCGCUAUGCUGAGGAGCAGCAAGAUCUCGCCUUGCUCUCCAUUUCCACCUUCCAGCGCUCACUGAAGGAUCCCAACCAGCUGAUCAGGGCCAGCGCAUUGAGAGUCCUCUCCAGCAUCCGCGUACCCAUGAUUGUGCCCAUUGUCAUGCUGGCCAUCAGGGAUUCUGCCUCCGAUAUGAGUCCGUAUGUGAGGAAGACGGCCGCUCAUGCCAUUCCGAAGCUGUACAGUUUGGAUGCGGAGCAGAAGGAGGAAUUGGUGGGCAUCAUUGAGAAGCUCCUGUCGGACAGAACGACUCUCGUUGUGGGAUCUGCCGUGAUGGCCUUCGAGGAAGUCUGUCCGGAGAGGGUGGAUCUAAUCCACAAGAACUACAGGAAGUUCUGCAAUUUGAUUGUGGACGUGGACGAAUGGGGACAAGUUAUCAUUAUAAAUAUGCUGACAAGGUAUGCGAGAACUCAAUUUGUUGAUCCCAAUGCGCAAGAGAAGAUGCUGGAUGAGGAGAGGCGUAAGAGGAAGAAGAAGCCUCAGAAGCUGGAUUCCGCCUCGAAUUCCUCCCAGGACGAGGAGGACAAUGAGGAGGAGGAAGAGGAUGAUUAUGAGCUAAAUCAGGAGGAGAAGAGUGUUUUGGAUCCCGAUCAUCGGCUGCUGUUGCGACAGACAAAGCCGCUGCUGCAGAGCAGGAAUGCGUCAGUGGUGAUGGCGGUGGCGCAGCUGUAUCAUCACAUUGCCCCGAAGGCUGAUGUGCAGAUUGUGGCGAAGGCGCUGGUGAGACUGCUGAGGAAUCACAAGGAGAUCCAGAGUGUCGUGUUGACGUCAAUUGCGUCCAUGUCGCAGGAUCAGAGGUGUCUGUUUGAUGUGUACAUCAAGUCCUUUUUCGUGCGGACGAACGAUCCGACGCACAUUAAGCUGCUGAAGGUGCAAAUUCUCACGAAUCUCACCACUGAGGUCAACAUCUCGAUCAUCCUGCGGGAGUUCCAGACGUACAUCAAAAGCAAUGACAGGGAAUUCGUGAUGGCGACGAUUCAGGCGAUCGGCAGAUGCGCCACGACGAUCAGCCAAGUGACUGAGGUGUGUCUCACGGGACUCGUGCACAUGCUGUCCAGCAAGACGGAGUUCGUGGUGGCGGAGAGUGUGGUGGUGAUCAAGAAGCUACUGCAGAGUCACUGUGCAAAGCACCGCGAGAUCAUCGUGCAGAUGGCGAGACUGCUGGAUCACAUCACGGUGGCCGCGGCCAGAGCGGCGAUUAUCUGGCUGAUUGGCGAGUACAAUGAGUAUGUGAAGAAUAUUGCUCCAGAUGUGCUGAGAAAGAUCGCCGAGACCUUCACCAGUGAGGAAAACUCCGUCAAACUCCAAAUUCUCACCAUGUCUGUGAAAUUGUAUGCCACGAAUCCUGAACAGACGCGCUUGCUAACGAAGUACAUCUUUGAGUUGGCGCGCUAUGAUCAGAAUUACGAUGUACGCGACAGGGCGAGAUUCCUCAAGGCGCUGGUGGGAAUUGAUGGUGAAGGAACGGUGCUGAGUAGGAAUCUGCAGAAGAUCUUCCUGUCCAGAAAGCCCGCUCCGGUGCUGGAAAAUGGAUCUCACGAGGGCGCCACGGCGCUGCAACUGGGCAGCUUGUCGCACUACUUGAAGCUGAAGGCGACUGGCUAUCGAGAUCUGCCGGAAUUUCCCACUGUGGCUCAGGAUUCAUCGGUGAGAAAUGUCCAGAGCAAAGUGGAGAUUGUCGUGAGUGGAGAGCGAAGUCUGCUGGCCACUGAAGUUGAUGGUAAUGCGCGUGGUAAGGAGAAGACUAGAGAUUUCUACUCGGAAGAGUCAUCAGAAGACGACGACGACGAUGAUGAAGAUGAUGAUGAUGAUCAGGAGGAUGCGGAUUCGAAGAAGAAUGACUCGGAUGAGUGGACAGAAGAUGAUGAGGAGACUUCGAGUGAGGAGAGUUCGUCGUCUGGCUCAGAAUCUUCCGUGGAAUCUGAUGAGGAGGAGGCGGAAGAGCGAGAGAAUGGACAGCAGGAACAGCAGGGGAACGCUAGCAAUGUGGAUUUACUCUCUGGUCUGGACAAUUCCCUCUUCACAGGCGUGCCGAUGAAGCCGAUGGGCAUGCUGCAGCCGGCAGCGACGUCGUCUUCCGCUGGGAAAAGCACUGUCUUGCCGCCUGUCUUCACGGCGACUGAGCAUAUGGAGUUGCUGAAUAAGAUCAAUGGAUUUGGCCUCGGAAUUUCCUAUCGCUUCACGAGAUUCACUCACCUCACGUCAGCCACGCAUCUGUCAGUGGAGGUUGUCUUGAGGAAUCACAACACCGUCCAGGAGAUUGGCAACAUUCAUGUCGAUGCGAAGAGUGAUGUUCAGGCUUUUCCGGCAAUUUUGCAACUUCCGCCGAAUGCCACGUUCACAGAGACACUCGGCGUGGACUUCAAUGACUCCACGCAGCCCAUUUCCUUCGCCAUUGUCAGCAGUUUGGGGCGCAGCACCGUGUCGCUGAGCGCCAACAUUGGGGAGUUGCUGCAGCCCAUCAAGCUCAGUGAGGAUGUGUUCAGGGUGGAGAGGAACAAGCUGAGAGGCAUGACUGAGCACUCGUGCAGCAUUGCGACUGUGACGGAGGCGAAGGCGCUCGAGGAGAAGAUCCUGCGAAUGGCAAAUGUGGCGCCAGUGGCGAGCAGUGAAGAGAGAGUGCUGCAGUUUGCCGGUCAAACGCUGAAAUCCAAGAGUCUACUGCUGAUCACGGUGCUGCCGAAGGAUGGCCAAGAGGUGCAAAUCACGGUGAAUUGCGAGAAGAUCGUGAUGGGAAGCAUUCUGCUCAACGACAUCAAAUCUCGAGGACUCUAAAGUCUCCUGAUUGGUGAGUUGCCAGAAGUGUAAUCAAAUAAAUAAUCUCAACUAUUAUCGAA